CUAGCCUGAAACUAGCUAGACUACCAAUACUGCACUGCAGACUCUUAAAAAAAUUUUUCAAAGUGUGACCACAGUAUUUGGUCUCGAAAAAUGCCGAAAAACUACUGAAAAGAGCGGCCACACUUCAAGAGAAUAAAUCUUUUUCUUCAAAAAAAUGGCGAACGAUACGAACAAGCUGCUGCUGUCUUCGCAGCAAGAAAAACCCAACCACUACACCUACCUGAAGGAGUUUCGCGUGGAGCAAUGCCAGUCGUUCCUGCAGCACAAAUGCAACCAGCAUCGGCCAUUUGUUUGUUUCAAUUGGCACUUUCAGAAUCAGCGGCGUCGUCGGCCAGUGAGAAAGCGCGAUGGCACCUUCAAUUACAGCGCCGACAAUUACUGCACCAAAUAUGACGAGACCACAGGCAUCUGUCCGGAGGGAGAUGAAUGCCCCUUUCUCCACCGCACCGCCGGGGACACGGAGCGACGCUACCAUUUGCGCUACUACAAGACAUGCAUGUGCGUACACGACACCGACAGCCGGGGCUACUGCGUCAAGAAUGGACUGCACUGCGCCUUCGCCCACGGCAUGCAGGACCAGCGCCCACCGGUUUACGACAUCAAAGAGCUGGAGACCCUGCAGAAUGCCGAGAUCACUCUGGAUAGCACCAACGCACUGAACGCUCUGGACAAGGAGCGCAAUCUGAUGAACGAGGAUCCCAAGUGGCAGGACACCAACUACGUGCUGGCCAACUACAAGACGGAGCCUUGCAAGCGCCCACCGCGCCUCUGCCGCCAGGGAUACGCCUGUCCACAGUACCACAACAGCAAGGACAAGCGCCGCUCGCCUAGGAAGUACAAGUACAGGUCCACGCCAUGUCCCAAUGUCAAGCACGGCGAGGAGUGGGGUGAGCCGGGCAACUGCGAGGCCGGAGACAACUGUCAGUACUGUCACACUCGCACCGAGCAGCAGUUCCAUCCGGAGAUUUACAAGUCGACCAAGUGCAACGAUGUCCAGCAGGCCGGCUACUGCCCGCGCAGUGUCUUCUGCGCCUUUGCCCACGUAGAACCUUGUAUUAUGGCCGACGAGAAGAUGCGGGACCACGAGCUAAGCCUGUGCGAGCUCAUAUCCAAUGCCUUUCCCGAUCUACAGGCCCAGGAUGUGCUCCACCUGGGCGACAAUUUAUUGAACAUUGGUGGUAAUAGUACCAAUAAAAUGUUGGUAGAUGCUUUGGAAAACACGACAAAUUCCAGCAAAUUUUUAAAUUUCUCACGACCCCUGGACUGUCGUUCAUGCUCACUGGACGAUCCGCGCGAGAACUCAUUGUCGGCGAGUUUGGCCAAUACUAGCUUAUUAACACGUUCCUCGGCGCCAAUUAACAUUCCUAAUACGACUCUAAGUAACUCAAUUAAUGACUUCAACUCAGGUGGAUUCGCCGUCAACAUUCCCAGCAGCUCGCUCACCUACAGUCCCACCAAUCUCUUCAAUGUGGACGCGUUCAACUAUGGCGGCUCUAACAAGCUUAGCAACUCCCUCUCGGCGACCCAAAAUGAUAGCAGCCUCUUCUUUCCGUCUCGGAUCAUUUCGCCCGGCUUUGGCGACGGCUUGUCUAUCAGUCCUUCCGUAAGGAUUUCGGAGUUGAACACCAUACGCGACGACAUCAACAGCAGCUCGGUGGGCAACAGCCUCUUCGAAAACACUCUUAAUACGGCCAAGAACGCGUUCAGCUUGCAAUCGCUGCAGUCACAGAAUAACAGUGAUAUUGGGCGCAUCACCAACGAGUUGCUCACGAAGAAUGCACAGAUUCAUAAGCUGAAUGGCCGCUAUGAGGAUAUGGCGUGCAAGCUUAAGAUCGCCGAACUGCAUCGCGACAAGGCCAAGCAGGAGGCCCUAGAGUGGAAGGAGCGGUAUGAUCUGGCCCAGAUACAACUUAACCUGCCAGCGGAGCUGCGGGACUUGUCCAUACAGAAACUGAAGCAAUUGCAGUCGAAACUGCGCACUGACUUGGAAGAAGUCGACAAAGUAUUAUAUUUAGAGAACGCCAAGAAAUGCAUGAAGUGUGAGGAGAACAAUCGUACAGUCACCCUGGAGCCGUGCAACCAUCUGUCCAUCUGCAAUACAUGCGCUGAUUCGGUCACCGAGUGCCCCUACUGUCAGGUACCAGUGAUCACCACCCAUACCUAGAACAUGUUUUAUCAGCAACAGGACCACAAGUGGCCCUUUGGCUGAAAAUCGGAUGUGAAAGGGGAACGGGGAUACGGAUACAAAUGGGAAUCGUCAUGACAAUGUGUGUGACAGACACACAAAGCAAACUUUAGUCAUAAGGAAAAAGUUGAAACUUUUGAUCCGAUGGUCGGGUAGGAGUAGCAGCCACAUGGACGUGGGCGUGGCAAAGCAUAUAUUAUUUAUAUUUCCACUGUAUGCAAAUUAUGCAAAUUAUCGUCAUGAAUAUUAGCAAUUUCUAGGCACAAACUAUUAAUUGAAUUAGCUAGCUGCUCUAAAAUCUAAGUUAAAUAUUUUAUUUUUGUUUGCGUUUUUAAUUUUUUUUUUUUUUCAAAACGACUACAGGAACUCUUGAAAAAGAUUUAAAUUUUAUAUUUGUAUACUUUUAUGCAACACAAAACAACUCUUUUUAAUUUUGUUUGACAUUUUCAGUGUUUUAGGCAUACUUAUUAUUUUUUAUUUCUACCAACUCUGCACGAAUUUGCAAUAUCUCAUUUAUUUUUUACACGCACGUAUACUUUGUGUAACUUUAUUCGAAAUAUGCUACACUUUCAGUCAUAUUGUACUUUUCACUAGUAUUACUUAAGGAAUUACGAGAAGUAAACAACCGCUGUUACGAUAUGUAAUGGGUUAAAGGUUUAUGAUAAAUAUAUAAAUAUAUAUAUUAAUUUUUCUAGACACUUUUAGCAAUUGACUAUUAACAAAUUUAUAGAAACCAACAAAUUGAUCAAGUUAAUAAUCUUUAACAAAGUAUUGUCGCUUACAAGAGCAACAAGCAACCACAAACAAACAAACAAACAAAAACCACCAGUGAUUUUGUAUAAGCCGAUUUUCAAACUGUAUUUUAUAUGUCUGUGUUUCAAACUUGUGAAAACAACCAAUAACUAAAAAGCCAAGACAAGCGUCAUAAACACUAUGUAACUGACAGGUCAUAACUAAUCAUAAUUUACUCUUAGCUUUCUUUUCUUACAUGUUUUUUGUUUUUUAACUGCACAAAAGUAAUUAUAGGUGUAAAAUGGAUUUACAACUAAUUGCGACAACGCUUUUUCUUAUUGAAAUGUUCAGUACACUUUAUGAAAACCAAGUUUAAUGGAUUAAGACACUUUGCUUUUAUUUUUGGGCGUAUUGGUGGUCUUAAAACCAAUGCCAACACUCCCAACCCCAAAAAAGAUUUACAAACUCACGUAUAUACUCUCCACUAGGUUACUUUGUGAUUUAUAUAGUGCUUUAAGUACUUACUUUGCAGCUGAUUUCAGUUUUCAUUUUACUUUCAUAGUCUCAAAUAGACGCUUCCAAUGUAGUAAAAGCAAAUAAAAAUUGUCAAUGUCGGAACGUAGUAUUUAAGAUACAUGAAAUCAAGCAUUUUGCUUAUGCUGAUGGUACAAGAACGAAUAUGAAUAGAUAUAUAUAUAUUUAUGGAGCAUUUGAACGCAUACUCGAUGAGUGAUGAUUGUAGGAGGCAAAAACAAUAAAAGUAACUCGAUACAGCGAAAUGAACAGAGUUUAAUCAGAAAAGUUAGCCAGAGUUAAUGUGAAACCGUCUUCAAAAACAAAUGUAUUUUUUUGCGUGAAACAUAAAGUUAUAAAAAAUUAAUAAUAAUAAUAGACCGCUAUUGGAAGCUGUGGACAAUGUUGAAUGAGAAGCAGAGACACAUAUUGUUAGCUAGUUGAGUUGAAUUGAUUAAAACUGUAAUCAAAACUGGACUGUUUUGGAAAUGAAUUGAAAAUGCAACGUAACAUGCAUAGGCAUUUAUUGAGAACAAAAGCAAAACUGUAAGGAUAUACACAAAUAUAUAUAUAUAUACGAACCUAUAUACAAAAAAAAAAAAAAGAAACCUUCAAAUAUUAAAAAAAAAAACUAUUGUAUUACAAAGCUAACAAGCAAGGCAGCGCAAAGGCUUUUAUCUCUGUGUGUGUUUGUACUGUGUUUUGUAGAAGCCAAACAUCAAGUAAUACAAAUUAAUAAACAUAACAAUAAUCAAAUGUGUGUUAAAUAAUAAAUGCUUUAAUAGUUUAUGAUAAAGAUGUACACAACAAACAAACAAAAUUAAUAACAAAAACCAAGUAAAAAUCACGAAUACCAACCAUAAUAAUGAAAAGAGAGAGAUUUUGGUUUUAUAAUGGAGCUGUUGAGUCGCUAAUUCUACGCAUACAUCUCCCAGAACACCAUCAGACCUUCAUCGACUGGGCACUAACUUAAAGGAUAACUCUUUGGGAACACUUGCACGAGAUCUAUCAAUUUUCGGAUUUUCCGACCUCAAUCCAAAUCCAAAGCAAUUUUACAACAUGUCAAGAAACCCAUUCACACCCAACUCAGCUAAAAACUAGAAUCAGAACCCAGAUCGAGAAAAUAUAUGUCAGUAUAUACAUAUAUAUUUAUAGAUGACACAUGUAUUUUGUAUACGCUACUGUAAGAGUGAUUUUUAUGUGAUUUUGAAACUACUUGAAUAUGUGAUCCAGAAAUAUAUAAAAGAAAAAACAAAAAAAUGAAAAAAA